GCCUUGUUUACAAGAAACACAUUUUUAAUCUUCUUGUUAACAAAACAAGCUAAGCUACUUACGGAUCAGAGACGACGAUGGAAAACUCCUCCUCCUCCUCCGCCUUCCGCAGCCUGCGGACCGUAUCUUCUUUCCUCAUAAUAAUAGCACUGUCUCUAUUAGUCGUCUCGUCAACCGGGGUCAAAGCCACCGGGAACCACCACGAGUACUGGAGCAGAUGGAUUCCCGCCAAGCAGGCCGCGGCCUGCAGAGGCUCGAUAGGCGAGUGCAUGGGCGCAGGCGCCGGUGGAGGAGAGUUCGAGAUGGACUCGGAGAGCAACAGGCGGAUACUAGCGACCGACAAUUACAUCAGCUACGGCGCGCUGCAGAGCAAUACGGUGCCGUGCUCGGUUAGGGGCGCGUCCUACUACAAUUGCCAAACAGGGGCCCAGGCUAACCCUUACUCUCGCGGCUGCAGUGCCAUUACUCAAUGCCGGAGUUAGUUAAAAUCGAUUAAUUUCUCGUUAUUUGUUUCCUUAAUUUCCUGUUCUGUUAUUAUUUGUACUCCAAUAAUACGACACAUGAUUUUGUUAUAAUCAUGGAUGAGAGAUACAGCGGACCAUACGAGAAUAUAACUGUUAAUCAUUUUAAACGAAAA